GUCGCGCUUAAACCUUUUUUCUAUUGAGUCACGAAUAAAAACUUUUCCUUCCUGAAGUGACAGCAUGGAGAGUUGAAUGUUGGUGUAGAACCGAUUUAUUGUCACCAGGAGCAGUUUAUCUCAUCUCACUGACCUCCAUCUUAACUGCGUCAUGGCGAGUGAUCUGGACGUAGAGGCGGUGGGACGCAUCCUCGUGGACAGACAACAGGAGCUGCCUGCUCGUUUUCGGGCUUUGUUUACACUUCGGAACCUGGGUGGAGCUGAGGCGGUGCGAUGGAUCAGCGAGGCUUUCUCAGACGAUUCUGCGCUCCUCAAGCACGAGCUGGCCUACUGUCUGGGGCAGAUGCAGGAUGAGAGAGCUAUUCCUGUCCUGGAGACGGUGCUGAGAGACACCAAGCAGGAGCCUAUGGUCAGGCAUGAAGCAGGUGAAGCUCUGGGAGCCAUCGGGAAUCCAAAAGUGUUGGAUUUACUGAAACAGUAUUCUAAGGACCCGGUCAUUGAGGUGGCAGAGACGUGUCAGCUGGCCGUCAGGAGGUUGGAGUGGCUGAUGAAUGGCGGUGGUGAUGUGGUGAACUCAGAGGGAGCAGACAGUAACCCUUACAGCUCAGUGGAUCCGGCUCCUCCGGCACAGAGGAAGAGCGUCUCUGAGCUCAGGACACAGCUGCUGGAUGAGAGCCUGCCUCUGUUUGAGCGCUACAGAGCCAUGUUCGCUCUCAGGAACCUCAGCAGCGAGGAGGCCGUGCUUGCUCUGGGAGACGGCCUGCAGUGCAGCAGCGCUUUAUUCCGUCAUGAGAUCGGUUACGUGUUGGGGCAGAUGCAGCAUGCGGCGAGUAUCCCUCACCUGCGCGCCGCUCUGGAGAACGAAGCCGAGAACGCCAUGGUGAGGCACGAGUGCGCCGAGGCGCUGGGAUCCAUCGGUCAGGACGCUUGUCUGCCCGUCCUACAGCGCUACCGGCAGGACCGCGAGCGUGUGGUGAAGGAGAGCUGCGAGGUGGCACUGGACAUGCUGGAGUACGAGAAGAGCGGCCAGUUUCAGUACGCAGACGGACUGCUCCGAAUAAACACGACUGCUCACUGACUCUGAAAUGAAUCCUGAUGACUGACACGACUUCCACCUCACAGCGUGAGCUCUUCGACAUGAGAUCAGCUUUUCCACAGGAAAUAAACUCAGAUUAGUAAAUUUAUAAAAAAAAAUCUGUAAAACCAGAAUCUCAACCUGUUUCACUUGACGUGCUUUGGUGUGCUUUUUUUCAACGUGUAAAGCAACAUUGGUUUUCCUCCUCAACUUUAUGCAGCUCUUCAAAUCGCUGUAUUUCAUUUGUUCAUUAUUCCUUUUUCUCCUGUUAGAAAUGGAAAACCUGAAGUAUGUAACGUCACUUGGGACAAAAAACUAAUAAUAAUCUCGUCCUUGAGUAUUUCCUGAACAUUCUGAUCACACGGCGAUCAAACGAUUUAUUAAUAAAGAAGGAAAGUAUUAUUCCUCAAUAUAAAGUACA